CUAAAAUUAUUAUUUACUAUUUUAUUGUUAAUUAUUCAAUUUAGGAAACACCUCUGCUCUGUUCAGCAACAAUUUCAAUCGUGUAGCUCAAAAUCAAAAUCAAAAUCACGAGUGAGUUAAAAUAUCUCAUUAAUUUCUCAAUAAAUCCAUGCUAUACAAGAUCCCUUUCCUCGCAAUACUACUGCUAAACAAAACCCUAAUUUUGCUUUAAAUUAAAGAAUGGAUGCAAAAGACAUUUUAGGGCUCCCAAAAAGUUCACUCCCUGGAAUUCCAGUUGAUAAAAAAUCAAGACCUCAAAAAGAUUCUCAGAGAAAACCUGAUGGCAUUUCCCGUGAGGUUUAUGCACUUACUGGUGGUGUACCACCUCUUAUGCCUUCUGUUGAUGUUAAUCAUCUCAAAAAACGUCAUCAGCCUGAAAAUGAAAAGAUAACAUGGGAAUGGCUUGGUUUUACAAAUUCUGCUAGGAAAGAUAACUUGCAGCUAUAUCAUUGGGUCAGAGUUGUAAAUGGAACUCCGCCAAAAGGAGAUUAUUCGUUUGCAAAGUACAACAAGUCAGUUGAUGUCCUCAAGUACACUGACGAAGAGUACGAGAAGCUUCUGGCAGAUCCGAAAUGGACCAAAGAAGAGACAGAUCAGCUGUUUGAUAUGUGCCAACGUUUUGAUCUUCGCUUUGUUGUAAUUGCGGAUAGAUUUCCAUCAGAUCGAUCAGUUGAGGAACUGAAACAUCGGUACUAUAGCGUUUCUAAAGCAAUAUUGAUUGCAAGGGCUCUAACUCCUGCUGAUGUUUCUGGUCACCCUCUUGUUAAGGAACCUUACAACAUCACUCAAGAGAUCGAACGGAAGCGUGCAUUGUCCAUGGUCCUCUCUCAGACAAAGCAACAAGAGCGUAAAGAUGCUGAGGUUCUUUCCGAAGCUAAGAGAAUUACCGAGUCUCGUAUGGCUGCUAAGGCUGCCGAGCAAGCUGAAUUGGCUGUCAUGUCAAAUACUAGCCCAGAAGGUGUGGAGAAAACUAGCAUUCUUGUUGAUACUGCGUCGCCUUCUAAUAUGCAGGUUACCUCGGGUGUUGCACCUUUGGUCUCAAUGGCAGAGAAUGCUGCUGCCGCUGCAGCUUCCCUUCGCACGCUUCGCGUAUACUUGAGAACAUAUGCGCUGGAGCAAAUGGUGCAAGCUGCCAGCUCAACAGCAGGAUUGCGAACGAUCAAGCGUGUUGAACAAUUCUUACAAGAGCUUAAGGUGAAUUUGAAACCCAAAGUCCCCACUAAAGCUGUUUGUGCUGAGCAUCUAGAAUUGCGGAAAGAGAUACUGACUCUUCUAAACCUUCAGAAACAGUUGCAAAAUAAGGAGGAAGGCUCAUCUUAUCGUGAAAGUUCAUAUACUGAAACACCAGACACACCAAAGCUUUUACAGCGUGGGAUGGAUCAGGACAGAACAUUUAUUCCCGACUCAGUAAGCUUUGGAGCAAUAUCAGGGGAAAGAGUUGGCAAACGGGACCAGAAACGCAAGGGACCUGGAAGAGAAGCUCCAUCUUCACCUGCCCAGUCUCAUAAAAGGCCUCGAAAGUUGAAGGCUACCGAUAGUUAGUUUGACAGAUAUAAAGGUUGCUAUUUGGGUUUUAAUUUUGGCAGCUUAUUGGUUAUCAAGAAAACGACGACCAGUAUUAAUCGUCUUCUUGCCCAUCUUUAUGCAAAAAAGGUCUCUAUCCUCUGUGGAGUCAAGCAGAUUUUAUCCGGUCUGUUGUUAUACAAGGAAGCACACAAAUUGUGGUGCGGCAUUCUGUAGUGAGGCGUAUGUGUUUUUUUGCCUUCCUGAAGCAGUCAAAUGACUUGAAUGCCAAUUAUGAUAUACUUGAUGUAAAUACAAGAAUAUGUUUAUGUUGUGAUUUGUAAGGAACCUUUUUAAGGUGUGUAUGGUUGAGUGUUAGAAUUUGAAAUGUGUUAGGAUGCUAAAUUAACGAGUGCUAUUGAUAUUUCCCAA